UUUAGACCAUCCAUGAAUUUGCGGAGUAUUCAGAUUUCGUCUAUGGGGUCCUAAGAUAUGUAUAGCCUGGCCUUGCUAACUCCAACGUGUAAUACGAAUACGAAUUCUCUAUCCUACGCGAAUACGCUAACGUCCAUGUAUUAUUCGGGGUUAUGAUUCAGCAUCUCGUGAGGGGUAGUCAAGAAAGGUGGCCAGAACAUCUCACCAAGAGUGUGCAAACAUCCAUCAAAGCUAUCCCUUGGCCCACCCUUUGUUCUUAACUCCUAUAAGUUAAAUCCAAUAGGUUGAAGAUUGAUCAUUCAUACGUACAUAGGCUAUUGCGUUUAUUACUGUUAGUGUGUAUAGGCUACAGAUGGUCUGUUUCCCUUGCAUGGGCUGAUAUAGCUUAGGUAUUGUACAAUAAGUUAGUUGAUCGGCUAAUUAGGGUAUGUCGUUCAUUGAGCUCAACUUCCCUAGUUGAACUAAAAAUAGAAGGGCUGGGAUAAAAAUAUAUAUAAAAUACCUUACGUCGGCGAGCUGGUCGUUCUAUUGCAUUCGGAUUCACCUAUUUCAUACAAAAAGGUCUUCUCUGACGAGACGACGAGCUCCUCUCAACAGAAAAUAAGGCACACUGGUAUAAUUAUUACUUAGGGCGUUCUUUAUAAUGGAGGAAUUUGCUCGCAUUCAGGAGAAGUACAGCGCGGAAGCCCAAAAGCGUAUCCGACCUGAAGGCGCUGCCCAGUUUCAGACACUGGCACAGAGCGACUCCGAUCAGUUGCGUCACCUCGCUGACGAUUUCUGGGCUGACCAUGCUGCCUUAGACGCGCUACCGUCGCCCCUUAAGCCUGGAUACUCUCCUAAGUUUCUCAUAGCAGGUGCAGGAAUAGGCGGCAUCGGGGCAGCAGUCCGACUUAUCGAGGCUGGCUUCUCAGCGGAUCAGAUUCGUAUUAUAGAGACGGCUGGCGGUAUCGGUGGAACGUGGUAUUGGAAUAGGUAUCCGGGUCUACAUUGCGACGUCGAAUCUUACGUUUACCUGCCACUGUUGGAGGAGACAGGAUUCGUACCCUCUCAGAAAUACUCCUCUGGAGUUGAGAUCAGGAAUUAUCUACAGCAGGUUGUGAAGAAGUGGAAUCUCGAGGAUAAGAUUUUGUUCAGGUCUAAACUCGACAAGAUUGAAUGGGAUGACAAUGCUCGCUUAUGGAAUUGCGACAUCACUACUGGAAGGGGACUAAGGGGUGACGAAAAGACGACUUUUCAGGCAAAGGCAGAAUUUGUUUGGGUAACUGCUGGGUUACUCAGUAAGCCCCAAGUACCAAAACUCUCCGGCGUCGGGAUCGAGGGGUUUAAGGGGGAUGUUUUCCACACAGCGCGGUGGAACUACGACGUCACCGGCGGUACACAGGACGAAGUGUUCCCAGACUUGUCAAAGUUGAAAGAUAAAAGGGUGGGUGUUGUUGGAACCGGUGCGACAGCGAUUCAAGUAGUGCCAUGUCUGGCCGAAUAUGCAAAGGAGUUAUAUGUGUUCCAGCGUACCCCCGCCGCGGUUUACGGUCGUGGCCAGAAACCGACCGACCCGGAAGAAUGGAAGAAGAUCGCUGGCCAGCCCGGUUGGCACGAGGCUCGCCGGCAGAAUUUGGCAGAAAAUAUAUCCAACUGUGCUCCGCCUGGUACCCCGGACUUGGUCGACGACGAGUGGUCUCGACAGGUUGCUUACGCGGGCCUAAUCGGUGAUCCUGAAUUUGCGUUUGUGUCUCCAGAGAAGAUACCUGAGGUUAUCGGUCAAUUUCUAGCUCGAGAUGCGCCAAAUGCAGCGCGGCUACGAGCACGGAUCGCCGAGAUCGUUAAGGAUAAAGAGACAGCCGAGAAGCUUACGCCGUGGUAUCCAGUUUGGUGCAAGCGGCCGACUUUCAGCGACACGUACUUGCAAUCCUUCAACAAGCCUAAUGUUCACCUGGUCGACACGGACGGCAAGGGGGUCGACAGCGUAACGCCGGAGGGCCUUGUCGCUAACGGCGAAGAGAUCCCCCUCGAUGUCAUCGUGUUCAGCACGGGGUAUCGCGGACCAGGUGCAGACGGAGCAGACCCAUCGAUUCACGCCGGCCUCGAGGUGCGUGGCCGUGGUGGAAAGACCGUUGCGGAGUCUUGGGCAGACAAAGGCAUGGCCACGCUUCACGGCUACGCGAACCACGGUUUCCCAAAUCUAUUCUGGCUUUCCCCCCUGCAGUCCGGCGCCAGCGUUAACCACUCACACGUGCUCGAUGUGCAGUGUAAGCUGGUCUCAUACGUCGCGGCCGCGGCUCACCAGAAAGCAGGCGGUCUGGACAAGGGUGGGGUCACGGUGGAGGUCGAAGAGGCCGCGCAGGAGGCCUGGAGCAUGAAGAUCAUGCAGGGGGCGGCUCGGUUCGCGACCGUGACGGUCUGCACACCGAGCUAUAUCAACAACGAAGGGAAGGCAGUCGAUCCGACGGCUAGCCUCGAGGAGCAGAUGAAGCGGGCACGAGCGUCGCCUUAUAGCGCGGGUCUUGUUGAGUAUAUUCGGGAGUUGCAAGAAUGGCGCGAUGAAGGCAACUUGAGGGGUAUUGAAGUCAUCGCCUCGUGAACACAAUACGAUUUGGAAGAUGGUAAAGUAGAAGUAUUUUACUACAACGUAUAACUAUUGCUUGUUUCGGGGUACGAAUCAGCACAGCGCUACCUAGUGUAUACUUGUUAGCUGUAUCAAUAAGGAAACCCAUGUCAGGAGCCUCUGUUGUAGGUGAGCGAGCCCGAUAGAGGAAAUAGACAAGGCCUGUAAAAAUGAUCUUCACUCUCAUAUCUCUAGGUACCUAAGGUAUAUAAACACAUCGGAAGGCUUUCUUUAAAGCUAAGAGACUCGUUAAUCAUUAACUACCUACCUAGGUAGUGUCAUAACAUAAGAGCAUAGGUGAUUGUCUUUUUCAUUAGUUCAAUGUAUCCCCUGACA